GCAGUGAAUGCGAUAGUAGCUCUACGGUCGUCAUGUAGAGAUAGGAAAGUUUAGAGAGGCUUCGUUGUUUGACGUGGAACUUUCGGAUUGCUUCAGGAUCGCUUUUGUAAUCUAUUUUUUUUUUUUAAAAAAAACUUUUAGCCCACGCAUCUUUCUCAUAAAGUAAGACUUGAACUAGAAAUAACACCCCUCUCUGCCUCUACUUUUUAUUGUAGGGGGGAAUACUUUGCCAACCCCGUUCAGCUAACGUAAUAGAUUUCAGUUAGUUUUCUAGUUUUCUUUUCUUCGUAGGGACGAAAGUACGGUAACUCUUUCCCUAGAAAGUAACUCUUUCAGCUAGAAAACUAGCUGAAAGAGUUACUUUCGUCCCUAGGAAGAAAAGAGAAGUCUAAUGAGCCCCGUGAGUUUGCUUUUUGUGUAUGUCCGCAGUAAAUCUAUGCAUCAAUUGGAACAAUAAUAAGCGGCAUAACCCGAUUCUGACGUGUAGUGACAGAAUUGUAAAGUAAUGCAUGCGUGCUUUUUUAUUUUAUUUUAAAUUGGGGUUACUGUCAGCUUCCACUGUCCCUGAACGAGCAGCUGUCACUUUUAUUCCUCUCCACCUUCCUCACGACCGGGGGUGGAAUCCAGAAAGUCCACUGAGCAGCUCAAGGAAUUGUCAGUCUAACAUCUACAUCUAUCAUCCCGCUAGUUUGGUGAAGGAGAGUCGCGUCACGGUGUCCCUGAAAGAAUGACGUAAUCGAUGGUCCUUCCACUACGGGGCGGAGGGAAAUCCGUUCUCGGUCUAACCCGUGGCCUUCUUUUCCCCUCCGAAGACUACAUUUCCCAAUAUGCAUUGCUGUAUAAGCAACUGCGUUCGAGGCGCAAAGAAUCAUUGCAGUGAGCUAUGAAGCUCGUGCUUUUGGAGUUACCAGAAACAUGUUUGCUGCUGAUGCAAAGAAACUAUGUCCGGAUCUCCUGUUAGCGCGAGUACCAGAGGCCCAUGGUAAAGCAGAUCUCACCAAGUACCGAGAAGCCAGCGUGGAGGUGAUGGAAGUGAUGUCACGCUUUGCUGUGAUUGAACGUGCCAGCAUUGAUGAAGCCUACAUGGAUUUAACUAGCGCUGUGCAGGAAAGGCUUCAGAAGAUGAAAGGGCAGGCUAUUGAAGCAGAGCUGUUGGCAACUACCUACAUCCAAGGAUGGCCAGAAAGCCUCACAGCAGAAGAGAAUACAGGCAACAAAGAAGAACUGCGGGAGCGUGGUUUGCGACAGUGGCUCGAGUCAUUGCCUUUUGGAGAUCCCAGCAGUCCAGAGCUGCAGCUGACAGUGGGAGCUGUCAUUAUGGAAGAAAUGAGGGCAGCUGUGGAAUCUGUCACUGGAUUUAGGUGUUCCGCUGGCAUUUCUCACAACAAGGUAUUAGCAAAGCUGGCCUGUGGUCUCAACAAGCCUAAUCGUCAGACUCUGGUGUCACAGGGUUCCGUCCCUCAGCUCUUUAGCAAGAUGCCAAUCAGCAACAUCCGCAACCUUGGAGGGAAGCUUGGGGCCUCUAUCACUGAACUUCUGGGAGUGGAGUAUGUAGGAGAGCUGAUCCAGUUCAGCGAAUCACAGCUUCAGACCCACUUUGGAGAGAAGACUGGCUCCUGGCUGUAUGAUUUGUGCAGAGGGAUGGAGCAUGAGCCUGUGAAACCUAGACAAUUGCCCAAAUCCAUUGGCUGUAGUAAGAAUUUCCGCGGAAAAACAGCUUUGGUUACUCAGAAGCAGGUACAGCAUUGGCUUCUGCAGCUGGCCUUGGAGCUGGAGGAGAGACUCAACAAGGACAGAGACCAAAACAACCGGGUAGCUAAACAGCUGACUAUUGGGAUCCAUAUGCAGGGCUAUAAACAUGCCAACGGCUUAUCCCGCUGCUGUGCCUUAGCAAAUUAUGACGCUCAUAAAAUCAGCAGAGAUGCUUUUGUGCUAAUCCAGAACUGCAAUACGGCAGGCGGCCAGCAGGCUGCAUGGUCUCCUCCCAUUACACUUCUUCAGCUUUCUGCGAGCAAGUUUUCAGAAGCUCGUGCUUCCUCCGUGAACAUUACUUCCUUCCUGACGACUGACAGCCAAGGUACCCAAGCCACUUGCACCAGUGCAUCCAGCCCAAAUGGCAAGUCCAUUGAAAGCCCCAAAAAGGAGACCCUCAAGAAGACAACCAAUCCUAUUCAGAUGCUUUUUCAGAGGGCAGUGGAAAAGAAACAGGCCCAGGCUAUGGCCAGGAACUCUCUUCCUGGUGUCAGCAAUGAAAUGAACUUACCAUCAGUACCAGAGUCCAGUAUCUGUCAGGAUAAACGACUCACCCCCAUUAACAGCCAGAUUCCAAAAGUUCCUGCGGAACAAAGUAUCACCAGGAGCAACCCAGACUGCAUGCAGAAACAGCUCUCGGUGGAGCAGUCUGUGGCCAGCUCCGAAGCAGGGCUCCUGGAGACCCCUUUAGAAACAGAAGUGCCUGAGGUCUUUUCAGAGCUCCCUGAUCUGUGCAAGGAAAAGGAAGUGCAUCCUGCUGCUGGAAUUUCCCAGGUAGGGGCUGAUAGUUGGGCUCUUCAGCCCUGUACUGGUGACACGAUGCUGUGCGAGAAAUGUAAUCAACAGGUGUUGGUAUGGGAGUUCACAGAACACUCGGACUACCACUUUGCUGUGGAGCUGCAGAAUUCUUUCUCAGGAACUGACGCCUUCAGGCCAUCUUUGCCUCCCACCAGCCCUCCAAGUAAGGGCAAAAGUAAACAGAAGACACCCACAGCCUCUAGGGCCAAAAGGCCAAGGCAAAGCACAGAUAGGACUUUGGAUUUCUUUUUUAAGCGGUCACCUCCUUAGGAUGAAGCUCAUCUGAGCAGCUUAUCUUGGAAAAAGAAGGUGCAACUUUAUUUGCCUUUAUCUUAUAUUCAUAAGUAAAUAAAUAAACGGGAUAAUAAAUUGUUCCAAACAGGUGCUUGGAAAGCUACAGGACUCCCUGGUGUUGUUACGAGAACCUGCACUUGGUAGUCAAGGUUGUUAUGCCUUCUGUAGCAUGUUCUUGGCUCUGUAGCUUCAGAUGGUGACAGAUGUCGCAUCAAGGUGCCAAUUUACUGCCAAUUUAUGGUAGUCAUUGGGGCCGUCUCUAGUCCUCCACAGGACCAUCUUUACAUUGUAUGUCAUUCAUUUGUUUUAGUAUUUUAAACUUGUAAACUGCCUUGGCAGAAGGGAGGUAUUAAAUGCAAUACAGUCA